AUGGCCCUACGACUUCUCCAAGCAAACCUCAACCACUGCGCCAGAGCCCAGGAUUUGUUUAUCCAAAGCCUGGCGCAGUGGUCAAUAGACUUAGCGGUGACAUCUGAGCCAUACCUGGUCCCGGACAGAAACAAUUGGGUGGGGGAUCUUAACCAACUAGUCGCGAUAUACGCAGGCGGCACCCCCCCAAUUGUUUCCACCAGAAGAGGAAGAAGUUGCGUAGGAGUCAAACUCUUCGGCAUCGCUUUAAUCGGUGUAUACUUCUCGCCAAACCGUUCGCUGACAGACUUCGAGGAAUAUCUAGACGAAGUCAGUUCUUUCGUCCAGUGGGGAAGACCGCUCGCGGUUGUCGUGGCUGGGGACCUGAAUGCGAAGUCGAGGGCAUGGGGAUCCUCCGUCACGGACAGCCGCGGCGAGGUUCUAUUAUCGUGGAUGGCGCAACACAACCUGACGCCACUUAAUACGGGCUCCGUACACACCUGCGUGCGCAUGCAGGGCGGGUCUGUCGUAGAUGUCACCCUUGCGAGUCCCGCCCUGGCAUGUCGCGUACGGGACUGGGAAGUGUUGACUGAGGUGGAGACGUUAUCGGACCACCGCUACAUUCGGUUCGAUAUUCUCCCCUCGUCAACACCCCCGACCAGUCGGAGCACCGUCACUCCCCAGGAGAUUGGACAGAUGUGGUCACUGAGAUCCUUAGACCGAGAGGCAGUCGAACUCGCCGCCAUAGUGGGAACGUGGUCUCACAGGAUGGAGGAUAAAGGUGUCGACGACGGAGUGCGAUGGCUUGGCGAAGUCCUGGCGCACAUCUCGGACUGCGCCAUGUCCAAAGUUCGGCCGUCGCCGCGGCGACCAAAUCGAGUGUACUGGUGGUCGGACAACCUUUCGCAGUUGCGUUCCGCUUGCGUGCUUGCCCGCCGCCAGUACACUCGAUAUCGAAGAAGACGCCCUGGAUGGGAGGAGUCCGAAGAACGGCGUCUCUACACUGGAUACCAGGAGGCCAAAAAGGCGCUCCGGG